AUGAAUGAACAACGCACACCAGGGUGCUGUCCGGGGAAGGCGAUCGAGCAGCCAAGGACAGCGCGUUCAAGGACAGGGUGUCGCACGUGUCGGAUCCGCAAGGUCAAGUGCGACGAGGAACGGCUCCGCAUUGAUGGUCAGCAUGAACCACAAUGCCGGCGCUGUUCCGCUGCUCGCAUCUUGUGCGAGUGGCAGGGUGGACCGAUUCCCCGCAAGAAGACAUCCAAGAAAGGCUCAAGCACGAUGAGUCAGGAAGGAAGGGAGUGUCAGACGCUUGUUGUGCGGGCACACGCCGGGCACACGGCCAUCCCUUCCACCACAGCUCCGCAGCCUCCGCAAUCCAUCUCCAGCCCGGCAAACACCCUGCAGGCCGCUAACUCUCUUUCGCUAUCCACAUUCGAUCGGCUCUGCUUAGACUACCUGGAAAGCUCCGCUCUAGUAAUCGUGCUCGGCAAGCACUGGCCCUGGUCGACGAUCUGCUACGCAUACCACCGGAUCGCUGUAAGGGAGCCAAUGCUGAUGAGCGCUAUUCUAGCGAGCACGGCAAGUGAAAUCUACCAGUCCAGACACCACGGCCAGGGCACACCCUCAGGUAUCCCUGACCAAAGCGAACCCGCCGAGAUUGACGCCAGAGUGCACUAUGGCCGGGCACUCUCUGGCCUUCGCGAAGCCCUGACGAAGGAGUCCAAGACCCCUGAACAAGUCGAGGCUAUUUUCAUCACACUUUGGUUAUUGCUUGACUACGAAAACCGCUUUGGGGGUGGUGCUGCAGCCAUAAACAUUCAUAUCCGCGGCAUCCAAGGGCUGCUGUUCGACCAUGUCGUCCCUUCUUUGAAAUGUCCACAGCGGUCACUGCCCGCAGCGAUCGAGCAGCAAGACGAGGCCAUACCGUCCUAUCCAUCCUCUACAGCUGUGACAGGCAUUCCAGAAGUAAGCGACUGUGGCACCGAAUACGACUUGUACGAUGGACAGCUCCGCCGGACGGCUGUUCCCCUCUUCCUUCUGUGGACACUCUAUUUUUACACUCCCGGAGCUGUAUUGAACGCGGCUCAAUCGUCGAGCAUAGAUGAUACGCUUUUGCGCUCGUUCCUCCUCGCAAAUAGAGACCGUGGCGACCUGACCCUGGCGGAUCUCUACAGGAUCAGUCGGCAGUCGCCAGCUCGAUUCUGGGGAGAUAGCUAUCCAGCAACCGCCAAGCUAGAUGACCUCGAGAAUCUUCCUGGUCUCAAGCUAUAUCAUAGAAGCCAUGUGACUCAGUUCAAGAUAACUGAGCUCUUCAGGCGCGGUUCUUCCGGGCUCGCUGGGGAGGAUUCCUACGCACGAAUACUUAACGAAAUCAUCGGUAUAUCAGAGGAAUACGACGUUGUGCUCUCUUCCGCAAAGGCAGCUCAAUCCUGCGACAUUGACGGCUCCGGGCGCCGCGUAAUGGAAACGAUAUACUGGGCAUCGAUCACCUUUUAUGGCACAAUCGUCUACUUUUACCUCUGCACAAAGCAGCUAGCACAGAAACACUGCACACAAAACCAGCGGCAACCAUCACGACUAAUCCCUCUCGAGACCGCCGUAUCGCACGUGCUCGAACUAUCGCUGAGGCUCUACCGCAGCAGACCGCGCCUGAUGCUCCGUAUACCGUGGCAGCUGUUUAUUGCAGGCAUCGCAUCGUCAGAUACGAUAUAUCAGGACUGGGUUUCUAUUCGGUUAAGAGAGCUUGGUCGGUACGGAAGGAAUUUUACGCGGCUGAGUGAUCGAUAUGAUGAGAUUAUACGUGGUGGCGAUCCCUUUGCAUCUGUACGGGGUUUAGGAGUGUUGGAAGCUGGCUAGUGGGGAUACUGCUUUCCAUGAAAUUCCCUUUCCUUAUGGGAUAUGGAGUAAAUGGGGCGUUGUCGGAAUCUAAAUUGUCCAAG